AUGGCAGCAUUACGACCAGGGUCUUGUGCGUUUCAAUCAAAGAUGAACAAUAAAUACUUGCACAACAUAUACGUAAUCAACAACCGGCAGGAGGUUCUCCAAGAGGUUGUUCUCCAAUUCUCUGGAGAUGAUGUUGCGAGCAAACACGCAAAGUUCCAAGUGGAGGAGGACGAACAGGACCCCAAACUAGUGCAUAUAAAAUCCUCCUUCAACAACAAAUACUUGAGGAGGGCAGGACAAAACAGUUCGUGGAUUGUGGCCAGGGCUGAAAAGAAAGAGCAAGAUCGACAUCAGUGGUCAUGUACACUCUUUGAGCCUCAGGAAUUCCAUGACACACAAAACUGCUGCAACCCCACCACCAUCGGGCAAUUCCGAUUACGCCACGUGCAACUCGAUCACUUUAUAGAGCCAUUCUCUGCAAACGGAUCGGAUCCAGACCUUUUUGCAGGCCGAGAAUUUCAACCCAAAGACAACACUGUCUUCUAUGUCGAAGAUCUACCCGAAGACUCAGUCCCUAAAGAACCUACAGAAUGA